AUGAAGGGCAUGCCCACGCAAUACCCUCCAAGCAUGCUGAUCGAUGAUGACUUCACGUUCCUCCCAUAUGGUUUUGCAUCAACAAUUGCCCCUGAGCUGAUAGAUUUCAAUUCCUUGGACGUCUUGUCAGAAAACAUACUAGCCAACACUCGGGUGUCGUUUCUGGUGCCAGAGAGCCUGGAACCGCGGUCAGCCGAAAUCAUCUCGGGAUUGCAAGAGCUUCAUCACACUCUGGUUGCUACAAACCAGUGGUAUGACGGCACGUUCGAUCUUGACACGGCAAACUCAGUGUUUUCGGCAGGAAAUCUGUGCCAAUUUUCUGCGACCUACUUCCGAGUCAGUCAUCUUGACUUUCCUAUCGUCCAUCGGCCAGACUUUGGCAGUGACUAUACAACAAAGCAGCUUCUCUUGGCUGUUGGGCUAUCUGGGGCUCUAAGAUCACCUCCAAGUGACGAUGCCCUCGCGGCUCGUGGAUAUCUCAACCUUGCGGAGGAGUACAUAUUUCGAUGCCUUGAGCGUUUGAUGCCCCCCGGCUCAGCGCCAGAGUUUACCCACAAGCUUGAAGAGACACUACAGGCAGCCCUCAUGAUCCACUCCGUCCAGUUCUUCAGAAAUGAUGUAGCAUCACGUAGGAAGAACAGAACCCAGCGACUUCCACAGCUUGUAUCGGCCGUAAGGGUUCUCGGUCUGGCACAGACCAAACAUGCCCCCAUAUUCCAAUACGAAGAAUUUGUGCGUAAUGAAUCAAAGAUCAGACUAGCAAUUUGGACUGCACUAGGAGACUGGCAGCAGUGCGGCAUGUUCAAUACACCACCAUCGAUGACGCCUGCAGAGUUGACUUGUGACCUGCCAAGCCCCUUGGAGCUUUGGGAUGCCAAAAACGCGGCAGAGUACUAUGAUGCGGCAAACUCUCUCGGAACCGAUGGUUCCAGGAGGAUUUGUUCCGUCAAACAAUGCACCGACGCGCUGAUGGCAGAGACUUGGGUCGGCAUGGGAAGUUUUCCAUUCCAGGAUAUCAAUGGAUCGGACCUACAACUACUGAUUUUCACACUCAACGGCAUGGUGACUUCGGCCAAUCUCAUGGGAGUCUUGCCUGCAUGUGCACCAGCCCUGCUACGUGCCGUUUCCAGAUGGGAGGGCAUGUGGGAUACGAUCAGGGGCCGCAUAGAGCCCGCCGCCUUUGAAAAAGCAGGCAUGAUCCGGUAUAACAGCGAGCUAUGCUGGAUCGCAAGGAAGCUUGUCCACGUCGCCAUCGUAGGAGACAAGAGAUCUGCGUACAUGCAGAAAGUUGGACACGACUCUCUUGUGCAGCUGCAUGAGUUCGUCCGCCAGUACCGCGAUAGUUGA